CACCAUUCACCAAUCUAAUGAAAAUUAACAAUCAGACAUUUUUCUCAAGGAUGUGUGAAGACACGAGUUUCUACAAAUGGAUUUUAAAAGUGAUGGGCCUGUUAGGCCUUAUUGCUCUGUUCUUAUGGCUGGCCAUAAGACCCAAGAGUCCCUCCUACUCCAUUUUGUUCAUCUCCGUAGAGCAGCCCUCCAAUUCAAAUGAAAAUGGUACCAUCUUUUACAAUCUUGAAAUAGAAAACCCCAACAAGGACUCAAGCAUUUACUAUGAAGACACAAUAUUAAGUUUCUUAUAUGGGGAGCAAGAGGAUGAGGUGGGACAGACAACUAUAGGUGCUUUCCAUCAAGCAACUAGCAACACCCGGGAUGUAUCUAACACUGUUAAUGCCAAACCUCGACCAUUCAAGCCUCUCUUGAAAGCUAUUUCAAACGCAACCGCAGAGUUAAAAGUGGCUUUGAUGACAAAAUAUCGAUACAAGACAUGGGGAAUUAAGAGCAAGUUCCACGGAUUACACCUCAAAGGUAUUCUACCAAUUGAAUCCAACGGGAAGCUCUCACGUAAGAAGAAAAAGUACCCACUUCACCCUAAUUCCAAAAAACUAGGGGGGAAGUCCAAAAUUUGGCACUGAUACUACGACACCUACAAGAUGCUUGCUUCCACCGCAGGUGUAAGCAGAAACAAGAACAACUUUAGUGUCUGAUGGGUUUGGGAUUGAUGUGGUUAAGUAGAAGGUUUUCUCUAGAUCAUAAUAUUUGUAGUAUA